CCUUUAAAAAAAAACUGAAAGAAAUUGAUCAUGGGGAGGGAAUGAGUAUUUCAAGCUGAGCCAAGUUUUCCUGCUGCAUGGGGCCACAGAAAUAUAUAUAAACGAGCCUUAAAUGUGCUGAAGCUCUGUUUGUAAGCUGCUAAAAGACAAGCGUCCCUGGACCCGUCCAAUUGCCUUUCCAGCUCCUUGAGGGUUUUAACGCCAGCGCAAUGAACAGAUUUCUAUGCUGCAUGCUUGUGUUAUUGGACAUCUCAGUAAAAUGGACAGUCCAGGAAACUCUUCCUCCAAAGUAUCUCCAUUAUGACCCUAUGACCUCCCAUCGGCUGACGUGUGACCAGUGCCCUCCAGGAACGUAUGUCAAGCAGCACUGUACAGCCUCAACAAAGACUGAAUGCGCUCCUUGUCCAGAUCAAUCUUAUGCAGAUGAAUGGAACAAUCAUGAAACAUGUUACUAUUGUAAUGUGGUGUGCAAGGAACUGCAAUAUGAAAAAGUCAAAUGCACCAGCACUGGAAACCGUGUCUGUGAGUGUAUAGAAGGACGGUACCUUGACCUAGAAUUCUGUUUGAAGCACACAGCAUGUCCUCCUGGAUUUGGUGUUGUUCAAAAAGGUACCCCUGAAAGCGACACCAUUUGUGAGAGAUGUCCAGAAGGACAUUUUUCCAAUGAUACAUCAUCCAAAGCUGUCUGUCAAAAACACACUAACUGCAGCGCCCUAAGUCUCAAAUUGGUGGAGAAGGGAGACUCCACGCAUGACAGUGUAUGCCAGGGAGAAGACAGUGACAAAUUGGAUCAGCAAUGUAAAAUCGACGUAACCUUAUGUGAAGAAGCAUUCUUCAGGUUCAUUGUUCCCAAAAAACUAACAUCCACCUGGCUGAACACUCUCAUGGACAGUCUGCCUGGCAUAAAGGUCAAUUUGGAAAACACCGAAAGAAUUAAACAAAAGCACAGCCCACAGGAUCAGACCUUUCAGCUACUGAAGUUAUGGAAACAGCAAAAUAAAGACCACAGUAUGGUCAAGAAUAUUGUCCAAGGUAUCGAUCUUUGUGAAAAUAGCAUUUUAAAGCACGUUGGCCAUCUCAACAUCACCUUUGAGCUGCUCAAUAUCCUGAUGGAAAAUUUACCAGGGAAAAAAGUGGGCAGAGAAGAAAUUGAACAUAUUUUUAGGAUGUGCAAAUCCACAGAACCAAUUCUGAAGCUCUUGAAUUUGUGGAGGAUAAAAAAUAAAGACCAAGACACCAUCAAGGGCUUGACAUUUGGGCUGAAGCAUUUGAAAACAUACCAUUUCCCCAAGACAACAAUUCAAGGUUUCCGGAAGGUGGUGAAAUUCCUCCACAGCCUCACAAUGUAUAAAUUAUACCAGAAGCUUUUCUUAGAAAUGCUAGGAAACCAGAUCCAUUUGGUAAAAAUGAGACGUGGGUAGUUUUAAGUUCUCUGAUCUUUCAUUUGCCACUUGCUGCUAGCAAUAAUUAAAUGGGGGGAGGGGAAUGUUUUCCUAUAAUAUAAUGCUUAUUUAUAUUUAUAUGACUGACUGGGAUAGCAUAGACUAUCUUAGAACUGUUGUUGUUGUUCAUAAUACUUAAAUGCUUAUCUGGAAUCUGUCUUCAUCCAAGAAUUCUAGUGAAUUCCAUGGACGUAGACAGAAAUCAUAACAAAACACACACACACACGAUUUGCUAUUUAUAUUAAUUUGAAAUCUAAAAUGUUGUAUAUAUUUAUUAACUUCAAUGAGAUUAAGGGCUGAAACAGAUGACCACUUAUCAAAUGUCAUUGUUUAAACUCUUAUGGCCUACUGUGUAUAAAUGGCCCUACAACUUUAUUUUCCAGCUCUUCACAGUCCCUAGCAUGGUGUCACUGAAAUUUAAUGUCAGAUCAGUAGACUUUCUCAACAAUUUCAAGCAAAGGGGAAAAAAAAAAGGGUCAUGCAUUCAGGUUUGCUUUGUGCAUCUGAAAUGCAAAAGCCCCCCUCCCCCUGCCCCAAGUUAUCCCUGUUUAUAUGACUUCAUGAUGUUAUCUUGGUGCCCUUUGCUAUCCUUGGCUACUGAUCACUGAAGGCUAGUGAGUCUUGGCUAGAAAAAGGGCUAGGCUCCUUCAAAUGCAAUCCCACAACAGAAGCAAAGCAUGGCUCCAUUUGCAGAAAGAGACCAGUGGCCAUUGAUCUUUUACUCCAGUGUUUCUCAAAGUUGUUAACUUUAAGAUGUGUGGACAUGCUGGGUGGGGAAUUCUAGGAGUUGAAGUGCACACAUCUUAAAGUUGACAAGUUUGAGAAACACUGUCCUACUCAUUUCUCCACUAUGUUUCAAACAAUUCCUUACUUACAUCUCUGUCAUGAAGCACAUACGAGACUCCUAACCAGUGUCAGCGGUACUCAUUUCACGCACAAAAGUUUCAAAGAGUAGCCCCCACUUUUUGCUUCCCAAAACUAUGUACAAAUGAUUGCCAUAGGUUCAAACCAAUUGAAAUGAAUAGAAAAUCCCAUUCUAUCACAGUGGCCAAUUUUGUGUUUGUCCAUUUUUUGCCACUGUGGUGUUCUCCAGAUGGGGAGAGGCUGCAACUCCCAGAAUUCCUAGCCUGCAGGUAUCAAAUUGGGCAAACUAAAUUGGCCUUACUUUUCAACGUUCCUACUAGUUUAGUCCCAAAUCUCCUGCUGCAUUUACUUCUCUUGAAUGAGUUCGAGUCAGUAUUAGGAAACAAUGUUGUUUUUUCUACUUUCUUCCACCCAAGGGGAAUCUUUUUUAAAAAAAUAACCUACCAUAUCCUUCCUCCUCCCUCCAAGCCCCUGAUGCAUUAAUCAUCUUGUUCUUUUACUAAAAACACAAACUCAACCAUAUAAAGCCAUUUUUGCCUCAUUCCAAGUGGCACUGAUUUGGAUCAACAUGGCAGGCUUGAAGCUUGCUCCAAACAAGUAGUUGCAAUAACUAUUUGUUGAAAAAAAACAACCAGUUAUUUUGUUUUCUUUUGCAGUUUAAUCUUGAAUGCAUGAAUGAAUCUUUAAUCUGAAUUUUAAGUAGGUUGCAGAACUCUGGUGAUGUCAUCAGAACAGCAGGCUGUUUAAUCUUUUGCACUGUCUUCGGCUGACUUUUAACUUUGAUAAAACUUCCAAAUUGAAAGCUUUUCAUCUGUUUUCACUCUCAAAUUUACAGAGGGGAAAUGAAUGGAAUGUACACUGUUUAUUUUCAAGCUAAAAGGGAUGGGGAGAUAUUUAUAUGUUAUGUUUUGUAGUAGAUCUUUCCAUCAUUCUUCCUCUGUGGAUUUUUAAAGAUUGUUUCUUAGGUUUGUCUGUAUAGAAUGUAAUAUCUUUUGGAAAUAAUUUCCAGAAAAAAACAUGUUGAAAGUAGAUUAUUCAGAAGCUGUACAUUUUGUUUUAGAACAUGAAUGUACCAUAUUUAAAAGAUGGG